UGAACACCUUUCCAGCCACAUUCAUUCAAAAAGGAGCAAAGCAUGAAGAAGCUGAAGUUCUUCCUCUGGCUGCCCUUUUUCUUAGUGACUGCAGCUCAUAUUCUGACAACCAAGGAUAAAAUGAAAGAAGAAAUUGAACUGGACCCUCUAAGGAACUACAAGUUACAAAGUUCUCAUCAAACUUCAUCUUCAGCUCACACACUGCGACCAUCAGACAUUCAAGUAGCUGUUGCUAUAGGAAGUUUGGGAAAUGUGGGAGAUUCUGGAAAGGAGGAAGGAGGCAUUUUCCAAAGCUCAGAACAAGACUUUAUUCAGGGAAGCAUGAGAAUACUUACAGCUCUUAUUAGGAUGUACAAUCCUUCUGUGCAAUAUUACUCUCCUUUGGGAAACAGUGAGGUUUUAUCAAGAAAUGGAACUAUUGAUCUUUUGGAUCAAGCAAAAGAACUUGUAGAGAGCAUGAGAAAGAUCCAGUUGUUUGACUAUCAACAUGACUGGAAGCUAAUCACAGUUUUUCACCUGUGUUCUUCGCACAACUCUGACUCCCAGGAUAUUUCCCGCCUCAACAGCAUAAAGAAACUUGAAAGAGUAUUGGAUUUUUUAUACAGAGAAGUAUGA